AUGCGCUUUUCACUGCUUCAGAUUGGCGCCGCCCUUGGGUUGGCUGCCUCGGUCAGUGCCUCUUCGCCUGGCCGCAAUGUUUUCGAACGCGCCGAACAAUUGAGAGCAAAGGCUCCCAUCAUUGAGAAGAGAGAGAUUGGCAAGCCUUUCGAGCACCCAACACUUCGAAAGAGAGCUUCGCCCUACCUCAACAAUGUCACUGAGAAGUUCUGGGUCAAUGGCUCUGCCCUCCCCGAUGUCAACUUCGACGUUGGCGAGUCGUAUGCUGGUCUCCUGCCCAUCAGCGGUGCAGCCAACGAGACUCGCGAGCUGUUCUUCUGGUUCUUCCCUUCGACCAACCCCAACGCCACAGAUGAGAUCGCUAUCUGGUUCAACGGUGGCCCCGGUUGCAGUUCGCUCAGUGGUCUCUUGACAGAGAACGGCCCAUUUACCUGGGAGGCCGGAACCCUUGAGCCUGUCCAGAACCCAUACGCCUGGACGAACCUUACCAACAUGCUUUGGGUUGAACAGCCCGUUGGUGUGGGUUUCUCCCAAGGUACACCCAACAUCACCAACGAAGUCGAGCUGGGUCUUGAGUUCAUCGGUUUCUACAAGCAAUUUGUCGACGCUUUCAACCUUCACAACUGGAAGGUCUACUUGACUGGCGAAUCAUACGCAGGUUUCUACGUGCCUUACAUCGCCGACGCUUUCAUUACCGCCGCCGAUACUGUCUACUACAACCUCAAGGGAAUUGCCAUCAACGACCCCAUCAUUGGAGACGAGACAGCCCAGCAGCAGGCCGUCAUCGUUCCUUUUGUUGACUACUGGGAGAAUCUCAUCUACCUCAACGAGACUUUCUUGCAGCAGAUCCAUGACCGUGCCGACCAAUGCAACUACACCUCUUACCUGGAGAAGUACCUUACCUUCCCUCCUCCUCAAGAACCAUUCCCCACUCUCCCAGACCCGUACGAGUCCGACACAUACGCGUGCGAUAUGUUUGACACUGUGUACGAGGCCGUCUUGCUAGUGAACCCUUGCUUCAACAUCUACCACAUUACCGAGACCUGCCCUCACCCCUGGUCUGUUCUUGGAGGUGUCAAUGUUGGCGAUUACGUUCCUUCUGGAGAGGUCGUUUACUUCAACCGCACCGAUGUUCAGAAGGCCAUCAACGCUCCCGUUGGUACCAACUGGCAGCAAUGCACCAACAUCAACGUCUUUGGUGGUGCCGACAACAACCAGUCGCUGAGUGACACCAGCAAGGGCCCUGCUACUGACGGCGUUCUCCAACGUGUCAUUGAAUACACCAACAACACCAUCAUCGGCUCUGGUAACCUUGACAUGCUGCUUUCUACCAACGGCACUCUUCUUGCCAUCCAAGGCAUGUCGUGGAACGGAAAGCAAGGUUUCCAGGAGUACCCCGGCAAGGAAUUCGAUGUUCCCUACCACCCUGAGUACAACGGCGGUGCUCUCGCCGGAGCUGGCAAGGUCGGAUAUUGGGGUUCCGAGAGAGGUCUUACCUUCUACCAGGUCCAGCUUGCCGGUCACGAGCUUCCUGGCUACGCUCCUGGCGCUGCCUACCGUGCCAUUGAGCUGCUUCUCGGUCGCAUUGACUCCUUCGCAACUGAAGGAGACUUUACCACUCAGACUGGUAACUUUACCGGCAAUGGUACCAUCUAUGCCCAGCAGAAGAUUUUUUAG